AUGAACUCGGUUAAAAGCGCCGACAACGUUUUUGCGUUAUGCGUUUCGCUUCUGAUCUCUUUGGUAUUGACGUGUCCUGCUGCAGUUUUCGCAGUGUACCACAAUAAUAAUUACCCAGUUGUACGCCACGGACACGCGGCAAAUAAAUCCGAUUCGAACACUUUGAGACUGGUCCACGCGGUGUUUAGGCACGGACAACGGACGCCGGCCGACACGUACCCCCUGGACCCGUACACAAAUUCGUCGUGGGAGCCAUUCGGGUGGGGCCAACUGACCAAUAAUGGUAAACGAAAACAAUACGAGCUCGGAAAAUUUAUCAGAAAGCGUUAUUCUGGAUUCUUGGAUGUUCUGUACUCUUCGAAAAAGGUCACGUUUAGAAGUACUGACGUGGACAGAACCAUAAUGAGCGCUCAGUUAGUCGCGUCUGCCAUGUACAAGCCAGUUGGUGUACAGCAAUGGAAUAGACAUUUAGAGUGGCAACCCGUUCCGAUACAUUCAGAACCUCUGAAAGACGACCGAUUGUUGUUAGUGCGAAUAGACUGUCCCAGGUACCACGAAGAAAGGCAAAAAAUAAUGAAUUCCUCCGAAGUCCUCGAAGAGCUCAACUCUUAUAGUGAUCUUUAUAGUUAUCUGUCCAACCACACUGGACUGACCAUUCAAGAUCCCGACGAUGUACAGUCGAUUUAUAGUACAUUAAAAGCUGAGUCGGACUACGGAGUUGCCCUUCCAAGUUGGACGACCAAAGUAUAUCCAACGAAAUUGGCCAAAGUGACAUCUAGAAGUUUCAUACUAAAUGCGUACAAUGAUGAAAUGAAAAAGCUCAAAGGAGGUCCGUUAUUAAAACAAAUACUGGAAAAUAGUAAAAAUAAAAUGAACAAACAGUCCACACAUCAGUUGUAUGCCUACGCCGGUCACGAUUCAACUGUAUCCAAUCUUUUGAUUGCCUUAGAUGUAUGGGACGAGCAGAUUCCCACGUAUAAUAUGUUGGCAUUACUAGAGCUACACGAAUCGAAGAAAGGCAAUUUCUACUUAAAGGUGUUUUUGCGCAACGAAUCAUCGACAGAACCUUAUCUCUUACAAAUACCUAAUUGUAAAGAAGAUUCGUGUACUCUGGAACACAUUUCGAAUUUGACUGCAAACGUGAUACCGUUGAAUUUGAAUGAAGAAUGCAAGACUGAUAAUCCCGAAUUUUCUAAUUUAACAUUUAUUGACAAAGGCCCAUAA